UUCCGGGUUUCGCUGGAUGAGAAGUUUCCUGUGUUGGUCGCUAGUGAGACUCGCUGCAGAAGCAGAUAAACAAUAUGAACUGACACGGUGAAACCGUUAACUUUAGGAAAAUCAAGUACAUGUCCUCUUUCUAGUUGCAGUAGUCCGACAACGCCAUAGCUAUGGCGCGAGACUGCACUACACGAAGUUUGGACAAUAUUGACCUCUCUGCUUUGAGGGAUCCUGCUGGGAUAUUUGAGCUGGUAGAAGUGGUUGGAAAUGGAACAUAUGGACAAGUCUACAAGGGUCGACAUGUGAAGACAGGACAGCUGGCUGCUAUCAAGGUCAUGGACGUGACAGAGGAAGAAGAAGAGGAAAUCAAAUUAGAGAUUAAUAUGUUGAAGACAUAUUCCCAUCAUAGGAAUAUAGCUACAUACUAUGGUGCCUUUGUGAAGAAGAGUCGUGCAGGUCAGGAUGACCAGCUCUGGCUGGUGAUGGAGUACUGUGGGGCGGGCUCAGUCACUGACCUAGUGAAGAAGACUAAAGGGAACAGCCUAAAGGAGGACUGGAUCGCCUACAUCUGCAGGGAGGUCCUCCGAGGCCUGUCUCACCUCCACUCACACCACGUCAUUCACCGUGACAUCAAAGGCCAGAACGUGCUGCUAACUGAGAAUGCGGAGGUCAAGCUGGUUGACUUUGGGGUGAGUGCUCAGCUGGACAGGACGAUAGGGAGGAGGAACACCUUUAUUGGGACUCCGUACUGGAUGGCCCCUGAGGUCAUUGCCUGUGACGAGAACCCAGACUCAACCUAUGACUACAGGAGUGACCUGUGGUCUCUGGGAAUCACAGCUCUGGAGAUGGCUGAAGGAGCACCACCCUUGUGUGACAUGCAUCCCAUGAGAGCCCUGUUCCUCAUUCCUCGCAACCUGCCCCCCAAGCUCAAAUCAAAGAAAUGGUCCAAGAAGUUAAUGACCUUUGUGGAGAGCUGUCUGGUGAAGAACUACCUCCAUCGUCCCGCUACAGAAACCCUCCUAAGGCACUCGUUCAUCAAAGACCUGCCCAACGAGCGGCAGGUCCGCAUCAUGCUCAAAGACCACCUGGACAGAACCAGGAAAAAGAGAGAUAAAGAGAGCCCAGAGUAUGAAUACAGCGGCAGUGAGGAUGAGGAGGAGGAGAUUAACGAAGAGGAAGGUGAACCCAGCUCCAUAGUGAACCUGCCGGGGGAGUCCACUCUGAGAAGAGAGUUCCUGCGUCUGCAGCAGGAGAACAAGAACUGGUCAGAAGCCCAGCGACAGCAGCAGGUCCUGCAGCAGCAGCUCCGGGACCAGGAGAGUUACAAACAGCAGCUGCUGGCCGAGAGGCAGAAGAGGAUCCACCAGCAGAAGGAGCAGCGCAGGAGGCUGGAGGACCAACAGAGGAAGCAGCUGCAGGAUUCUGGGUUCCAAUGGCCAGAACUACAGGAGAUGCUAUGGAGGGAGGAGACUGAAGCUAAUGACAGAGGUCUAUUGGAUGAAAGGAACAAGAGAAGUGACAAGAGACUGGUGGAGGAUCGUGGCAGACAGCGGGUUGAUGUCGGAGGAAGGCCUGCAGGUCCUGUAGCUGAACAGAGGAGGACCGAGCCUCCACCUCCACAGCCUCAUCCUCAGCAGCAGCCCCAGCAGCAGCAGGGUAAAAAGUUCCACCGCACGCUGCCCAAAGACCAGACGCAGCUCCUUUCACUUCAGCACGACCACAGGCACAAAAAGAGGGAGCCCCACAAGGCUGCUAGCACCACGCAUAACUUCCCCGCAAAUAGCCAGCGCAAAGUGAUGGAGAUGGACAGGGUGAAGGUUUCUGACAGCUGUCAGGCCAACCUGAACAGAGUGCUGACUGGGAUGCCCCUCCCCCUGCGUGUCCAUACCAGACUGAGCUCUGGGAGCAGCUCCAGCCCCUGUACCCCUGCCACGCAGAGGGCUGCCAUACAACAGAAUGCCAAUCUUGGCUCCAGUCGAGACACCCUUCACAGCAGCUCUAUGUCUGACAUGGCCACCACUCCCAUGUCUCCUACGUUUGAUGAUGUCUUCUGGGACUUCCCAAGGUCUGUGGAGCACCCACCAAAGGUUCCGGAGCGUACAACAUCCAAAUCAUAUUGCAAAGAGCUGAUGAAUCAUCACCGGACAGGGUUGAGUGGGGCCCCUCAGUCUCCUGCGGAGAAGGGUGGGAAGUCCAUGUCCUCUCAUGGCAGCUCCAGUAGCAGCUCCCAGUCAGGUUACUUCAAGCUGGAGAGCCCUCUGCUGCAGAGCCGUCUUCAGCAGUACAAGAAGUCUAAGGAGAAUUCUCCUGGAGCCCUUCUUCAGCAACAUGGUUUCGGCCACUUCUCUGGGCUUACGUCUAAUCUCAGUCCGUUUGUCAAGGCAACAGAGUACUCCUCUUCUAGCGAUGAAGUUGGGAGUAGUGAUGAUGAUGAGAAAACCCAGUCUCCGUUGAAUGGGAAAGGAAUGUUCUUCCGUGGAGCCCCUGAUGGGAUUGUCCUGCAGCCCCACCAUAAUCUUAACCAGACCCCGCAGAGCAGCGUGGCAUCAGGCCUUAAGAGUGUCCAGCCACUACACAGGCUCAUUGCUAUAGGAUCAGAAUGCAACGAGAAUUACCUUCUCCCUGAUCUCCUGCAGAAGAGCCCGGCCCAUGAGCCCAUGGCGCAGCAUGGCCCACAUGACGUCAUCUACCCCCAGUCUCCGAGCAGACGAGGACCACAUUCUGACAAACCUGUAAACUGUCCUCCAGGGAAAAGCAACUCGUCCUCCUCCUUCACUCCCUUCAUAGACCCCAGGCUGCUGCAGAUCUCUCCCCCUCAGAGCCCAGUGGGCCACAGUCCCACCAGUGGCAGGCCACCUGCUAUUCAGGACCCAAUCAGGAGAGAGGGCCACAGAAAGGGCUCCGUGGUCAAUGUGAACCCCACCAACAUCAGACCCCAGAGUGAUACCCCCGAGAUCCGCAAGUACAAGAAGAAGUUCAACACCGAGAUCCUCUGUGCUGGCCUGUGGGGUGUGAACCUGCUGGUGGGGACAGAGAAUGGUCUGUGGCUGCUGGACAGGAGCGGUCAGGGGAAGGUCUACUCUCUGAUCAGCAGGAGACGCUUCCAACAGAUGGACGUUCUGGAGGGACUCAACGUGCUCAUCACCAUCUCAGGUAAAAAGAACAAGCUGAGGUUGUACUACCUGUCUUGGCUGCGGAACAAGAUCCUUCGGAAUGACCCAGAGGUGGAGAAGAGGCAGGGCUGGACCUCUGUAGGGGACCUGGAAGGAUGUGUGCACUACAAAGUCGUUCGAUAUGAGAAGAUUAAGUUCCUGGUGAUUGCCUUGAAGAAUGCUGUGGAGGUGUACGCAUGGGCUCCCAAACCUUACCAUAAGUUCAUGGCUUUCAAGUCGUUCGGCUCGCUCCCCCAGAGGCCUCUGUCCGUGGACCUGACGGUGGAGGAUGGACAGAGACUUAAGGUCAUCUACGGCUCCCUGUCGGGCUUCCACGCCAUCGACGUUGACUCGGGGACGCCCUAUGACCUCUACCUGCCCACGCAUAUCCAAGGUGUGAUCCGGCCUCAUGCCAUCAUCAUCCUACCCAACAGCAGUGGCAUGGAGGUGCUGGUGUGUUAUGAGGACGAGGGGGUUUACAUAGACACCUACGGACGCAUCACCAAGGAGACAGUGCUCCAGUGGGGAGAGAUGCCUGCAUCUGUCGCCUACCUGCAGUCCAACCAGGUGAUGGGCUGGGGAGACAAAGCCAUCGAGCUGAGGUCAGCUAACACAGGCAACCUGGAGGGAGUCUUCAUGCACAAGAAGGCCCAGAAACUCAAGUUUCUUUGUGAGAGGAAUGACAAGGUGUUCUUUGCCACGGUGCAGUCUGGGGGCUGCAGCCAGAUCUACUUCAUGACACUGGGCCAAAACUCCCUGUUCAACUGGUGAGCUCUGUGGCUUAAAGACAACAUACAGCGAUCAUCUCAGAAACAACAUGAAUUAUACUCAGAAACAUUCUUAAACACUGAAUUUACACUUUAGUAAUACAGCUACAUAAUCCUAUGCAUAUGAGAAUACAGUAUUUUCAAUCAGCAUAAAUUAAGUAUUUUUGUGUCUAAGGCCACCACAUUGGUUUCAAGUCUCUAGCUAUAGUACUUCAAAUGGAACUGACAGCAUUUAAGCGACACAAAAUCUUAUUAAAAUAUGUUCAUAUACACCCCCAGGAAGAAUAUUACAUUUUUUUGUUUUUUUAUUCUGACAAGCGAGCACUUAGAUAUGGUAAUUUAGAUAUUGAAUGUUUGGGAAUAUAUAGAAUGUUUGGGAAUUAAGUAUCCUAAGGCAUUUGUGAAAAUUCUAAAGCAAUAUAGAGUGGGAAAGCGGCCGGGCAUUUUGACAAUUAAUAGACACUGCAGCAAAUAAAACCUAAUAAAAACAUCUGUCACGUCCAAGACCGGAGUCUACGCAGACUGGUUCACCAUAGCCAAUCUUUCAACUGGACUGUGUGUUUAAAGGCAGUAGCAACAGCUCGACUUUAGAUCAUUAGAACACAUGGACCACAAGAGUCCUCUUACAUUUCAGAACUCAACAGUGCUAUUGAUCAAACAACCAUGAAAAGGUAGGCUCUCCCGCAGUUAUGCACAUCAACAACUAAUGCUAGCCAGAGCAAGAUGAGCUAAAAAUUUUACGAAGCAACAUUAGACAAACCCUCUCAACAUUUUCCAGCUAAUUGCACUGAUACAUUAUGGGGAAUUCUACAGCUUGCCUGCCAAUGCAAUUCAUUAUUGUCUUGCCAAUGCAAUUCAUUAUUGUCCUAACCAAGCCCCCAAGCUAACUGGUUAAAGUUGGCUGGUUUGCUAGCUAGCUACUUCCAGAAAUAAAUGAGAGAAUCUCACUCUGAUCAUUUUACUCGCCCUUUCCAAAACGGGUUAGGCUGUUUACGAACGCAAGAGAUGUGCUAACUGGAUAACAGUCGUUCAGGUUCUUGCUAGCUAACCAAAUGACACCUGCAUCUCUAGCUAUGUAUAGCCACCAUAAACCGAUAUGAAGGGAAAAGGUCAUUCACUCACCCACUCCUCCAAUUACGUUACAUGUCAUCCUCCUAGCAGCUAGCUAUCUAGCUAGCGUUGGGCUCUGUUUUUAGCUUGCUACAUAAAUAGAUAUGCUAGCCUAUUAGCCAUGAUAUGACAGACUUUUGAUCAUUUCCUUUGCUAGUUUGAUUGUUUUGACAUUCCCAGCCUAAGUUACAUUCGUCCGUUUUUGUCCAAAAUAUUGAGUAAUUGAAACUGAAACAGAGUAUCCCGAAUGGAGGCAGCAAACAAUGUACCCACCCAACCUGAUAGCGAUAUUUCAGGGACGACCAAGAAAUGUAUUGGUUAAUUACAUUAAUCAUGCAGUGAACUGCAUCCAUCUAUUCUGCUAACAAUGCCUUAGUGUACAUCAAGAAAUAUUGAGUCAAAUAGAACCUAUUUUUAAAACCUCUUAUAAAGUUGGUUUUGUAGGAUAAACUGGGAAUUUGAUAUUUUGGACUGAUAUUAUGAUUGUCUGUUUGUUUCAUAUCUGCAAAGUGCUUAAAAUACUGUCAGUUCCACUUUAAGAAGUGAGUCUUGUGCCUUAAAGAAAUGAUUCACCCAUUUUGAAUGUUUUAUCAUAUUUGUACAUCUCUGAGCGAUGUUCAAAACAUUUAAUGUUUUCAUGUGUUUCUGAGCUAUUCCUCAUUUCAAAAAUACAGCCGGUAUGUGUCGCUGCACAGGGCUUCUUGUUUAUAUCUAGAAAUACACCGGCAACCUACAUUUGAUUUCAUAUUGAUCUUAAUAUCACAUGGACUAAAAAAUGCACAAUUGCUUAUUUUUUUACAUCCAAAAUGGAUCAAAUCAAUUUUUGUUAAUUGGGUCUCGGCAUAUUCAUCAUUUUAUUAUUAGUAAGUGCCAUUGUUCGUGUUAAAUCCUGAGAUAUUUACCAUUCAGUAUUAUGUGUUUUUAAGGAAGCACAGUUGUAGAUACCUCAGGUCAGGAAAUGUACAUCUAUUUUACCUACUCGAAAGAGAUUCCCUUACUGAAGAGAGCAUUAGAAAUACUACAGAGAUUAGUGGGCUAGCAAUCAUCUUUAAUAGUAGACACCGAUACUGCAAAUUGCUUGUCCUUAUCUGUCCCACUUGGUUUUAAAUGAAGUUGUUUUAUGGCCCCAACAAUUCAAAUGGUGGAUGCUGAGUUUAUGAUCUGAUCUCCACUUUCUAGUCAUAAUUCAGAUAACCAAAUAGGCAUUAUAUACCCUGUCGCAUCUCUUGGUCUAAAACUGAUCAUGUUUUACAUGAAGUAGUUUUUAGGAAGAAGAAAUCAAAGGAGGAAGAAAAGGAUCAUUAUGUUGGCCUUGUGCUGUGUAGAGUCUUUUUGGACGGAAGUGGCUGUACAUAUUAUUUGCACUGUUUUAUAGAUAUUUUAUAUCCACUGGUCAUCGCUACAGUUUAAUGGGGUUUCAAAUUAUCUAGCCCUUUGCACUACGAUCACUUUGGUAAAUGUUCACUCUACAAUGCUUUAUUGUCACAGUCUUAUACAUUUGAAGUAAUUUAUUUUCAACAUUAAAUGGUAAAUGUUCGAUGUACAAUGCUUUAUUGUCACAGUGUAAUACAUUUGAAGUAUUUUCAACAUUAAACAGAGAUUGCAUUUGAUUUAGAUAAAGCUAAAUCGUCUAUUUGACAUGCCAUGAUCUAAAAAUGAUGUGAAAACAGCUUUCAACUCUUAAGAUUGUCAAACAUAUGUGACCCACCACAUGGACUCGGUCCUAUGUAGCCAAAUUUGAAAUUGUUUUUUACAUUGGAUAAAAGUAGAAACUCAGAGCUAUAAAAUGAUAUAUAAUACACUACAGUUCAGGAACAAUGGGAAAGUAAUUCUGCUUUGAAUUGUAACCCCACUUUUGAGAAAAUGACCCUUGAUAUUUUUGGUGUACCGACUGGAGAGCUCUUCUUUGUCUACACCCAUCCAGCAUCGUUCACACCCUGUUAAGCCUUAGCCCCGCCCAUUUCUUUAACGAUUCACUUGUGAGUCCAUGUGCAUAGCAGAGUGUGUAGUUUAGUAAACAACCAAAGGUUUCAAGACUAAAAGUGGUAAAAGUAGAAGCCUACAUGGUGCACGUCAUGUUCUUCUUCACAUUACUGUCUCUGGUAAACACACACUAUAUCUAAUAAAAUCGCAGUUUAUGUGUCACAUGAACAGGAUACAGAAGGUGUAGACAGCACGGUGAAAUGGUUACUUGCAUAUUUGCACAGUAGCAAUAUCAAAAACAAUGUGUCCAGAUGAUUGUUAGAUGAUGCUUACCCAGACACACUUGUUUAAAUUGAUGGGUCAGGUGAAAGAAAUGCUAUAACCACCCCCCAGCCACAAGUGGAUGAGUCACUAUUGUCUAGACAUGUACACAUGUUCAUGAAACACAAAAGACGGACAUAAUCACCCCCAUACACCUGUCUAACUUGAUGGGUCUUGUAAUCAUCUGGCAAAGUGGAGUCUUUUGUUUAGACAUGUAGCUAGCUAGCUAAACAAUGAACCGGAUUAAUCUCAACUCAUACUACUACCAAUACAAACUGAUUGUUAUAGCUGUAGUAUGAAUAUCCAGGUAUUUAAAGCUAACCAACUAGGUUAAAUGUUAGCUAGCUAGCUAACAUUGGGCUAUAACUAGCAACGCAAAUGGCUUUCUGAUUCGAAAAAUAUUACUACACAGAUAGGGUCAAUGUUCGCUAGCUAGCUAACAGUACACUUUAACUUGCACAAAAAAAAACUUUCUGACAAAAUUUGAAAUGUAUAAUAUCUGAAAAUGUAGCUAGACUCUUACCCGUAUGUAUACAUGGAUGAACGCUUCACGGCAGACUGGAACCAUUUAACUUACUUUUGUAGCUACAGUACAUCUUGUUUGGCCAGCAUUGUGUAAAGUCACUCCGGUUCACACUGACCGUGGCGUGUGCAGAAAAUAGCCCAUCAUAACGUUUUCCAACUGAUCGGUCCAUAGCGCCUGCUAAAUUCAGGGCAUCAAUUUUGUUGAGAAAAGUAGCAAAACGUUUGUAGUUCUCGAUGGCUAAUGUUAUAUCUUUCAAAAAAUCUGCAGUAGAAAGGAUUAUCAACACAUACUGAGCAGCUCACAUUAUAGACAGAAGCAUCCUACAUGGCAGACCAAUCCAAACUCAUCUCCCGGCAUCUCCAGCCCAUCCAUUAUCUCAGCAAAUCAUGGCUAGCAGGAAUGUUCCUGUCUUUUUCCAGGGCUAAACCAACUAGACUCGUAAUUUAACAAUUUUAUUCGUAUUUACAGAUGGAGUACCAGUUUGUUAUUCAGGCACAUGAAAGUUUACAUGUUCCAGAAGGCAUUUAUGUAAAAAAUAAAAAAUAAAAAAAGGAAACAUUUUGAUUUAAAAAAUGAAUUCAUUAAAAUGCCUCUCCUGUGAAGUAGUGACGUGCAACGUCCGCCUAGCUUCCUGAAAUGGGUCACAUAUACUCUUUUGUAGAAAAUGUUUGGUUAUGAACAUUGAAAUGUGCCACAAUUGUGAAAUGUUAACUCAAAUCAAUUGCAUUUGAAUCCAGUUGUUAUUAGCUUUUUCAUCCCCCAAUAUGCUAAAUGUUUUGCCACCAUUUUGCUAUCAUUAGAGAUCUAGUUUGGGCAGUUCUUUUAUGUUUAUGAUAUAAAUACUGCAGCUGGUUCUGUGAGCAUAUUGUCAACUGAAAAUUAACUUUUUCAAGACACAAUUUGAUAUGAUGUUGCAUUCUUCUGUGAGAAUUCACUCUUGAAGUGUAUUCAACUGACAAGAUAUUUAGGUUAGAAGGGAAUAGCCAAUAAGGUCAUCAGUUUCACAUAGCAUUUUCAAGUAUACUUACCCUAUAAUGAUUAGGUUUCCAAGAACUGAUGCUUUCACUAUCAUUGGUCUAAUCAUUGGUCGAAGUAUUUUAGAAAAUAGUAUGAGCACUCAGUUGAUAUCUCAUUCAUUUGACAUGUAUGAUGGACAUUUUAUCAUUUGUCAGAUUUUGAAUAAGGGAUUCAAUGGGUAGAGUUAAACACAUUUUUGUAAUUAACUUAAACUUUUUUUGAAAUGCCCAAAUAGAACUUGUGACAGUGAGUCAAUAUGAUUACAUCUCCAUUUGUAAAAAGUUGGUGAUUAUUUCUAUACACAAAAAGGGGGGUUUUAAGCAGAAUUUGUCAUGUCUGACAUGUUACUGAGUUAGAUAAUACUUUACCAACAGACAUUUGUUUUGCAGUUGAGGAUUGUGAGUCAUAGCACUCUCUGUCAUUUCUCCCCCUAUCUACUCCCAUACCUCAUGAAGUGCUCUUGUGUGAGAUCAUUGUCCUCUUGAGAGCUUUGUACUGUAGGAAGGACUGAGGAUGUUGAUGAGUACUGUAGGAAGGACUGAGGAAGUUGGUGAUGGUUUGUGUCAGGUGUGCAUCGUUUAGCUGUGAAGAGUCCUCUCUGCUUUAUAUGAUGCAGAGCAAAUUUAGUUUUUGUUCUUGGGGAAUUUGAGUUAGAAGACAAAAUAAUUCUGAAAGGAUUUCAAUUUUGAGGUUUUCCCCAACAAAAUAUAUCUAUUUUAGUGUCAAAAACUUAAUGAAAAAGGUUGACCAAAUUAUAUUGAUAAAUAUCCACAGCAUAUAUUGUUUCGUUACCUGUUCUUUUCCCAUUUUGUUUUUGAAAUUGUAUUGAAAAAUUGUUUAUUUUAUUUUUUCCUUUAUUUUGUUUUGUCUUAGUUUUGCUUUAUUUUUGCACUGGAACUUUCGUAUCAUUUGUACAGCAUGUACUGUAUACCCAACCGGUGAAAUGAAUUAGUAACACUAAUUGAGGUGUUAUUAUGUAAAAAUACUGUUGAACAAUAAAAUAUGUUGUAUACAAUUA